ACGGAUUCGCUAAUAGAAAAGACUGAACAACUUCGUUGAAUUGCGCAUCUUUUUGCAUUGAAUGAAUGGGGCCACGACACUGAGGGCAGACAGCUGUCUGAUUCGUCCUUUUCCAUGAUAAAAGGCAAGAAUGGCAAAAUUUGUGAUUGCAUGGGCUGACGUUGGCUGGAUUAUGGAAUAUUUCCAUGCAAAUUGAACAUCUCAUUAGUAUUUCAAAACUAGCUGGAACUUGAAGAAAAGGACCACAUUCUUCCUGAAACCUCUCAACUCUCUCAUUUUGGAUAUUAUUCCUGUAAAACAACUGAGUUACCGUUGUAUCCAUUCCAUGUUCCACGGCUACCUCGACAUCCGCCGGUUCAUUUGAUGACCGCUGCAUUGACAUCGUGGUUGCGAUUGUCGGGUUAUUGGUUACGGUAG